CCCUAUAAUCAGGUGUUGAGACCCUCUAAUCAGGUGUUGAGAUCCUCCAACAACAGGGCUUGUGAUCGGCCGUCGAGGAGUGGGGUGAGGCAAGACCGCCAUUGACGUCAACUAACAAGACUUGAAUUAUUGACAUUGACACCCAACUGAGGAGCUAUUGAGGAGACCCCAAGAAUGAUAUCUGUCAAGGAAACAGCUGUGGGCAUCGACCUAGGCACCACCUACUCCUGUGUGGGUGUGUUUGAGCAUGGCAAGGUGGAGAUCAUCGCCAACGACCAGGGAAACCGCACCACACCCAGCUAUGUGGCCUUCAACGACACCGAGAGGCUAAUCGGUGAGGCAGCUAAGAACCAAGAGGCCAUGAACUCGCCCAACACCAUCUUCGACGCCAAGAGGCUGAUCGGGAGGAAGUUCGACGACCCUACGGUGCAGGCGGACGUCAAGCUUUGGCCCUUCCAGGUGGUCAGUGCUGAGGGGAAACCCAAGGUGCAGGUUGAGUACAAGGGAGAGCCCAAGACUUUCUACCCCGAGGAGAUCUCGUCCAUGGUUCUGAUCAAGAUGAAGGAGACGGCGGAGGCUUAUCUGGGCAUCAAGGUCACCAACGCUGUCAUCACGGUGCCCGCUUACUUCAACGACUCCCAGCGUCAGGCCACCAAAGACGCCGGGUUGAUCGCCGGGCUCAACGUCCUCCGCAUCAUCAACGAGCCCACGGCGGCCGCCAUCGCCUAUGGCUUGAACAAGAAGGGCCCGGGAGAGAGCAACAUCCUGAUCUUCGACCUGGGCGGGGGCACCUUCGACGUGUCCGUCCUCGUCAUCGAAAACGGGAUCUUCGAGGUCAAAUCCACGGCCGGUGACACGCACCUGGGGGGCGAGGACUUUGAUAACCAAAUGGUCAACCACUUCAUCCGUGAGUUCAAGCAGAAACACAAGAAGGACGUCAACCAGAGCAAGAGGGCGGUCAGGAGGCUGAGGACAGCCUGCGAGAGGGCAAAGAGGACGCUGUCUUCAAGCACCCAAGCCAGCGUUGAGAUCGACUCACUGUUUGAGGGCAUUGACCUCUACACUACCAUCACCAGGGCACGGUUUGAGGAUAUCAACGCGGACUUGUUCAAAGGGAUCCUGGAGCCGGUAAAGAAGGCGUUGACCGACUCCAAGUUGAACAAGUCACAGAUCCACGAUGUGGUCCUCGUCGGUGGCUCCACUCGCAUCCCGAAGAUCCAGAAGCUUCUAAAGGAUUUCUUCGACGGCCGGGAGCUGAAUAAGAGCAUUAACCCGGACGAGGCGGUGGCCUAUGGGGCGGCCGUGCAAGCCGCCAUCUUGAUGGGUGACGACUCUGAGCAGGUGCAGGACCUGCUCCUGCUGGACGUGACUCCUCUGUCGCUGGGGCUGGAGACGGUGGGAGGUGUGAUGACCAUUCUUAUCAAGAGGAACAGCACCAUCCCCACCAAACAAACCCGGACCUUCAGCACGAAUUCCGACAACCAGCCUGGCGUGUUGGUGCAAGUGUUCGAGGGCGAGAGAGCCAUGACCAAGGACAACAACCUCCUGGGCACCUUCGGCCUUAGUGAUAUCCCCCCAGCCCCCCGUGUCCCACAGAUCGAGGUCACCUUCGACAUCGACGCCAAUGGCAUCCUCGAAGUCUCGGCGAUUGACAAGAGCACGGGCAAGGAGAACAAGAUCACCAUUACCAACGAGAAGGGGAGGCUGGACAAGAAGGAGAUCGAGAGGAUGGUGCAGGAUGCCGAGGUGUACAAGACCGAGGACAUCCUCCAACAGCAGAGGAUCGCGGUCAAGAUCGACCUGGAGGUCUACGCCUACCACGUCAGGGACACCCUGAAAAACAAGAAGUUUUCGGACAAGAUCAGGGAGGAAGAGAAGAAGAACGCCAUUCACAAGAGUGAAGAGGCCCUCAGUUGGCUGGACGCCAAUCCGUUGGCGGAGAAGGCAGAAUAUGAGAAUAGGUUGAGGGAGCUGCGCACUUUCUGUCACCCCAUCGUUAGUAAAGUGGGAGAAAGUAAUCAAUCCCUAACAAAUGCCAAAUCGUUCGUCUGACAAGAGCAGAACCUCCAGUGGGCCAAUCGUUGAGGAGGCGGAUUAGGAGGUCUCCUAAAGGAGUUAAUGGAUUUAUUUCAAUCAUUAUAUUAAUAAUUGUUAUUACUAUAAUAAUAAU